AUGUCUCAACAAGAAGACCCAACACAAGACGAAAAAAUUAAAAGACAAAAUAUUUGGGUCUGUGGAUAUAAUGAUUUACGGCAAUUGGGCAUUGCAUCCAAGUCGGUAAAUUUAGCUCAACCAUUGACUCAUGUCUUUGAAAAUAGAAUUGUCAAAGUGAAGUGUGGUCCCUAUUUCACCAUCUUUAUUGAUGAACUCGGACAUUGUUUCGGAACAGGUACAAAUUCAUCCAAUCAACUUGGAGUGUCAACUUCUGCCAAAACGGAAUUGUUUCCAAUCGACACAAAGGGAGAACACAUUGUGGACUGCGAAUGUGGAUAUGGAUUUUCAAUUUUCAUUAAUAAGAAGGGCCAUUUAUUUGGUGCAGGUUCAAAUUCUCACGGCCAACUUUUAGUGGUCCCAGAACCUAGCACUUGCACCAGCAUGACACCUGUGACAGAGGUGAAUAACAAUAGCACAAAAUUGCAAUUACCGUUUCGAAAAGUGUUGUGUGGAUCUCAAUAUUCAUGUUAUUUCACUCAAGAUCGAAAAAUACUUGUGAAUGGUUUUAAUGUCGUCAGACAACAUUUGAAACCUUAUGUUGGAAAAUUGCAAGAGCUUGAUACCAUGUCAUGCAUUGGAACGAACGAUAUUCAUAAUGUAUAUUCUGCUAAUAAUAGACUAACCUUGCUAACAUCUACUGGAAGAGUGCACGAAAUUACUAGCGCUGCUACCACACAAAUUGAAAUACUACAAAUGUCUGAAGAUGAACGAGUGGAAGAUAUUUAUGAUAGAGACAGUAUUACCAUUUACAAGACCAAUCAAAAACGUGUUUUCGUUCGUGGAGCACAUGAAGGAGACAAUACUAAUGCCAUUGAAUUGCUACAACUUUCAUUUCCUUGGAAUCAACUCACAAACAUCUUUCUUGGUGGAUAUCAUACCUUUUUUGUCAGAUCUGUAUCAUCUUUCGAUAUUGAAGUGUAUGGUGUUGGAAGUAAUAGCUUUGGUCAACUCAGUUUAGGCCACAAUACAAGAGUGGUAAAACCAACACAAAUUACUCAUCAACCUUUUGUCAAAUGUAUGAAAAGAGAUUUAAUCAUUGCUGCUGGAGCUUCCCAUGCAAUAUUUUACCACACCAACGAUUACGAAAAGUACAUGAAAUUGUUCCUCAACAAACUUGGAUCGUUAUUGAAAUUGACUUUUGAUCUUCCAAAUUUCAUUGAGACGGAAGAAUCAUGCGACAACAAUUCUUCCAAGACACUGUUGACUGACAUUUCCAUCAAGAAUUAUCAAGUCAUCACCAACGUUUAG